AAACAAAACAAAAAUUCUUUGGAAUUCUCUCAAGUCUUUUCUUGAGAAAAAAAUGUUCUAAACAUUAAAUAAAAAAAAAAUCUCUUUUACGUAAAAUUUGUGUUUGAGUUGUGUAUAAUUAAUGAACAAAAGUUUUAAAAAACUAUUUUCGUUUCGACAUAUUUCUAAAUUCUUUUACACUCCAAGUGCAACUAUGGUAAGAUAUUUUCCAAACCCGUACGUCGAGGAAGGUAUAGCUGAAAAGGAGCCUUCGCACGAUGAUCUCACGCAACAAAUUAACGAGUACAUAAAAAAUAUUACAACCCGUUUGCAACCCUCCAACAGAAAUGUAGACGGCGGAUUAUAUGUCGGCGUGACUGGGGUUUCUUAUAUGUUCUAUAAUUUAUUUAAAAACCCACUGUUAAAAGAAAAUAAGAGUUUUUACAUCGAGAAAGCUGUAGAAUAUUUACAACCUGCUUUGGACUGCUCCGCCGGUGAAACGACGUCAUUUUUACUAGGUGACGCUGGAACUUUUGCCUUAGCCGCAGUUAUAUUUAAAGCGAAAGAAGAUGAACGCUAUACUAACUUUGUCAAAAAUUACAAAGCCCUUUACAACCAAUACCUUAAUCCAAAGUUUUUGAAGUGUGGGGGUGAUGAAUUCUUUGUAGGUAGAGCUGGAUACCUUGCUGGGGCUUUAUGGAUGCAUAGGGAGUUAAAAAUACCUGUUCUGACUACAGAAGAGAUGUAUAACAUUUGCGAUGUGAUAGUAGAAUCUGGUCGUGAUUUCUCUAUGAAGAGUAAGAGUAGAUGUCCACUGAUGUAUCAUUAUUAUAAUACUCAGUAUUUAGGAGCUGCUCACGGCUUGAGUUUUAUUUUACAAAUGCUGUUGUCUGUACCUGGGUAUUUGGAGUUUAACACAUCCGCUGGGAAAGAUGUGAAAACAACUGUAGAAUAUAUAGCUUCCUUGCAAACGAAAGAAGGUAACUGGCCGUGUUGUAUGGAAGAACUUGUUUUAGAUGAUCAUAAACUAAUACAUUGGUGUCAUGGAGCACCGGGAACUAUUUACUUGAUGGCUAAAGCUUAUCUCAUUUUUAACGAUCAAAGGUUCUUGGAUUCCUGUAUAAAAGCAGGAGAAGUUGUAUGGCAAAAGGGUUUGUUACGUAAAGGUCCAGGUAUUUGCCACGGAAUAGCUGGCAAUGGUUAUGUUUUCUUGCUAUUGCAUAGAUUGACUGGAGAUGAUAAUUAUUUGCACCGUGCAAAGAUGUUUGCGAACUUCAUGAAGAGCGAAGUAUUCAUUAGAGAUUCAAGACUACCGGAUAAUCCUGAAAGCCUGUACGAAGGUAUUGCAGGAACGGUGUGCUAUUUGUCAGAUCUGUUGACGCCUGAAAUUGCAGAAUUUCCAUUCCAAGAUGUGUUUUCUAAUUUUAACCAGUAAACAUUAUUUUUUUACCACAAAAAUACCACAAUAUUUAUUAAAUUAAAGAUAAUUUAUAAUAUUUAGUGCAAAUUUAUGAUUAUAUUUCUUGCCAUAGUAAAUUUAAAGAUUUUACUAAUGUUUUCAAAAUAUACUUAUAAUGAAGGUUUAUGUAAGGCUUCUUCUCCACAAGAAAGAGCAAUAGAAAUUUUUUAGAAAGCAAUAGGUAAUCCAAACAUAAUGUAAAUGGUUCUAGUAUGUGCGUUUUGGUUUGUUAUUUUGUUGAAUAAAGCGAAAAUCCUAAA